AUGGUUUCCGUCAAACCUGAUGCGCAGCUGAACCACAAACGGCCCAAGCUCGGGUUGCAGAUGUCGGCGGAGGCGGAGGGGGAGGCGGCGGCGAAUGCAUUCGCGUCCGAUGCAGCGCCGGACGAUGCCGAUGCCCACUCGCCGCUACCGCCAAUAUCCUUUGACCAGAUCAAGGCGACGGAGAUGAUACAAAGAGGUUUGGUCGAUGGCACCUGUUCAAAAGGUGGCUGCGAGUGCGGCGAUUGCUCUAGAGAGACGACGAGCAGUAACUCGAGAAUACUAGCUGCGCAGAGUUUAUCAGAGGUCAUCGCCAGCAACCUGGAUGAUCUGGCGCUGCUGUCCUACAGAAGCACCACAGAUGCAGAUCGGCAACAGUCUGUGAGCCCCAGAGCGACCAGGAAAAGGCGCUCUUCCACCGUGGCGGCGUUUGAUCGCACUUCAAAAGUGAGGCGUGUGAUGGACGACUCCCUUUGCUGCCACUCCUGCCAGGCAACGAGCACGCCGCAAUGGAGGGACGGACCCGACGGUCGGUGGACACUCUGUAAUGUUUGUGGACUAUUAUAUGCGCAUAAUUCACGCAAGAACGCUUCCAUUGCACGUCCACAAACACAAGAGACGAUGGAGAGACACAUUUAG